AUGGUCAGGUCGUUCGUCACCAGAACCUGCCGACUCCCCUCGUACGUCCCGGACCCUGCGCAGGUCAGAACCAACCCAAGGCUGGAUAUCGGAUCUCGCUUGGAGCCAUGUUUGUUUCUCCAGGAAGCAGGAGUUCCGUACAAGGUCUGGACGGGUGUCAAUAUUCGUGAGGCGCACGGAUUGUGUCUGACUGAAGGGGUAUAUCAUGAACCCUACGGGUGCCAUGUUAAUGACGUUUAUGUUCUGGUGAACGACCUGGAAGCGGCAGGGAAAGUCCUAGAGAAGGCGGCAGGCUAUAUGCGUACUAGUUUCAUUGGGGUCAAUCAAUAUAGCAUUGGCUACUGCGGCGACAACGGCCGGAAGUUCAUCCGCUUGGUCAAGUUGAGCGCCAUAGGCAAGCGGUGUUGCCAAUGGCAAUCUUCUCAGGAAGCAUCCCAGAAGAACAAAUUAAGUCACGAUGUUGUGCCAGGAGGGGUACUGCUCAUUCUGGCCAAGGACUGGAACUACCCUCCCCCAUCCACUCUGCUACCCAAUCACCAACCCAUCCCAGAACUGCCGGAAUAUUUUGACUCGCACAUGCAACUCUGGCUAGAAGAGCCACUCCCCGAGUCUAGAUCAACGGCACGACUUCUCACUUUUUUCCACGCUGCAGAAGUCCUAGACGUGCUCCUAAAUAGGGCAGAAUCCGUGGGUACUGAGUAAUUCGAACAAGCCAAUCUAAAGGAACAUCGACAGGCCCUGUCCAACCUCCUCGCACUACGAUUUCGCACGUGCUCGCUCUCACAUUUUAUGAUUUUCGCGGUCGAGUUCAAAGACUACUACCUAUUUGUCCGCGAUGAGAUCAGAGCCGGUAGACGGGAGCCUGCUCAACUUCAUGGAGUUAACCGUGCACGAGCG